AGGUCUGUUAUUCCAAUUGUUGUUCAACUAUCUCCACGUUACAGGAAGCUGAAACACCAGAUUUUUCCUGUCUCACUGCAGCUACAGGACAAUGGCUCUACCUAUAAAACAGAUUAAAAAAUACAACUUCUACCCUUCAUUACGAGCUAGGGCCUGUCGAGUUUGGAUUGCUAAAUUUAAUGGUCAGCCAAGCAGUUUUAAUUGUGUUUUUGUUGACAAUCAGGGUGGAGCUAUUCAAGCUUUAGCUAAAACAAGGGAUCUCCCAACAUUUGCAGCAACAAUUAUUGAAGGAAAUCACUAUGAAAUCAAAGGAUUCUAUACUUAUGAAAACAGAGUAGUAAACACAGUUGCUGCCCAUGAUGCUGUAAUUGAUCUCAAAUCUAACACAAAAAUUACAGGCAUUGAAGCUAUUACACCUCAUGUUCCUAGAUACUACUUCAAUUUUAUUGACUAUGCACAUAUUCUGACCAAGUCAAAAGGCUCCAGAAUUCUUACAGAUGUCCUUGGAAGACUUAAAGCAUUGCAGCCACUUGAACAAGUUAUGGUUCGUGGACAGACGCUCGAAAAUAAGAGAGAAUUCAUGCUUGAGAACAUUCGUGGUGAGGAGCUUCGCAUAACUCUUUGGGGUGAUAGUGCCAGAGAUUUUGAUGAACUCGCUCUUCAUAACCUACCAUCUCCGGUUAUCAUUGCGUUUGCUGGAUUUCGUGUCACAGAAUUUAAGGGAAAACCAAAUCUUAACAGUACAGCUGCCUCUCUUUGGUACUUCAAUCCGGACAUACCAGAAUGCUUAGCAUAUAAACAUUUCUUUGCACAACUACCCGUUGAAAUACAACAACUCCCUUCAUCAUCGAAUGCUGUUUUAUCGAUAGAGGAACAAAUCAAAGAAAAUAGGAGAACAAUACAUGAGAUUCUUUGCAUGAAUCCUUAUGAGCACAAGCAUCUAAGAUUCACCUGUCAAGCUUCGAUUGUUGACUUUGAUUUCCCCAAUGGCUGGUGGUAUCCAAGCUGUCCAAAAUGCAACAAAAAACUUAGUGGGGGCGAACAAAAUUACACGUGCAUGGAUCAUGAUGCUAUCACCUCUCUUCCAGUUCCAUGGUUUCGCUUAGAAUGCAUUGUUACCGAUGGAGAAGAUGUCACUAAUUUUCUUCUAUUUGGGAAAACUGCGGAGAACUUUUUUGGAUCAUCAGCCCACCAUUAUGUCUAUGAUAAAAAAUUUAUUGAUCCCUCAGUUCUUCCUCCUGCCAUGGCAGCAAAGUUGAACAAAAGCAUGAUUUUUCAGCUUCGAUUUGGUGCUUUCAGAUCCAUCACCAACAGAUGUGAGGUUAUCAUUACUAAUAUUUUUGACGACACCACAAAUAAGAGCAUCCAUCCUUUAGAAACACCAACUCCAGAACCUAAAUCAUCUGCUACAUCCAAGACAUCUACUCCAUUAAGCUCUAUGAAACAGGUUCUCAUAGCUCCAUCAACUCCACAAAAUACUAUCACACAACUCAGCAUUGCUCCUAAUUCCUUGGAGACACCACCUCAGAACAUAUCACCAAACAAGGAAACAAGCAUAAACAGUGAAGCACGACGUGCACUUGAUUUUGAAGCUGCAACACAGCAAAAUAGUCCUGAAGAUGAGCAUGAAAAAGCAAUUGAAGUCCAAGGAAACUUGGGAAACAUAGCUACAUCCGACACAUUUGAUCACUCACUUCCACCUUCGAAAAAACAACGGACAACAUCCUCAUCAUCUUCAAAGGAUAUGCAUAAUGGAUGAUCCACAUUCAGGCAGGACUGCAAUCCUUCUUUCAGGAAAACUAGCAAUUCCUCUACAAAUGACUUGCAUUUGGAUUUCUAUACCAAGAACAUGACUGCUACCUCUGUAAUUUUGAUAUAAUUUGCAAACAACGAUCUCCUUUAAGUACUCAGCAAUCUGGCAGCUUAUUUCCACUUUUGAUGUUGUUUGUAACUUAAUCUAUAUUAUCAUGACUGCUGCCUUUGUAAUUUUAAUAUAAUUUGCUAACAACAAUGUCCUUUAAGUGCUUAACAAUCUGGUAGCUUAUUUUCACUUUUGAUGUUGUUUAUAACUUAAUCUAUAUUAUCAAACCUUUCAUACUAGAGUUGGCUUCAAUUCUCUU